GCGCAGUACGCGUGCGGCACGUUUGGCACGUAACCACCGUCCCCUUCCCUUCAAUCACAUCACAUUCACCCUUUUUGCGCUAUCAAGGCUGUUUGAAGCGCAUCGGAGAGUCGAAAGGGAAAAGUCUCCCAGGUGCUAGAAAUCGAAAUUUCGCGCCAAGCGAGACCGGCACGGCACGUCGCAGACACACACACACAAGCACAUCCGACACAUACACACUCACACCCCGAUCACCAAACAAGCCAAACGCAACCUCGAAACCGAUUCAAAUAGUCAUCUUCUUCAAGUCCAGUUUAAUUGAUGUCUUGUUAGCUGCAUUUCUAAGGCAUUGUUUCGCCAAGUCCCAAAAUUGUCAUCGAAUUACGAGUCUCAUAUUAGCAAUGGAAUUUGAUUCUAACCAACAUAGUCUGCACAGAUUAAUAACUUUGUUGGAGUCACUAUUUGCUUCAACUCAUCAAAGCAAACUGAGCAUUGAAGCCCACUCUAGGGAAGCACAGGAGCUGCUGCAUGGCUGGCUUCUACCCGAGGAUGAAAGUACCCCUGAUGUGUGCCGAUGUGCUGAGGUUCAGAAGCAACAGCUUGUCGCUGUGCUCGACAAGGUAGGAAAAGCAGUUAAAUACUCACAGUGUGUUCGGGAAGGUCGAAGUGAUGUAUCAAGCCCAUGGCCGGAUGAAGUCGCAAGUAACGGCAGUAAAGAGGAAGCAAAAAAGUCAAACUCAAUAAAGGAGGUACCCGCAGGCAAGUUUGGCUUAGGCUACAACAGAGAUAGAUUUAUCAAGGGAAACAUGACCAACGGUUCAUCUAAAAAAACUGCCAGCAACAGUGGUGGCAGUCAGAUUAAAUCAAGUAGCUGUUUAGCAGAAAAACAAGAGAGGCAUAGCCAUUUGUGCCCUGUUCAUGAUGGUUCCCCAAAACCAAAGAAUACGCCAACUGUUGGCCUGGCAGAGGCUCUUGAUGUCAAAGGGAUUCCCCCUGAAUUGGUCUCAGUUCUUAAGUCAGUUCAUCAGUUCAUCAAUAGAUUAAGAACAAGCAAUGGGAAGAAUCGUUCAGAAUCAUCUUUUUUGAGACAUCUUAAUGCUGUUAACGAAACCAGGUGGAAUAAAAUUCCUUCCUUUAGCAGUUUACUCAUAGAUCUUCCUUCCCUUGCCUCCAAUGAACACAAUGGAAAAAUUCCUAUGUUUGAAGAGGAAAAAAGUUUAUCUAAUGUAGCAGUGUCCCAGUCGGACAACAAGUAUCCAUUUGUUGGAGUUUGGAACCCUACCAUCUAUAGCACCUUAUCAGUUGGUGCAUUUUGUGUUCAGUAUCAAAACGAAGUCAUUUGGAAUUUGCUUCAGAUGAGAAUCCAGCAGCUUCAACUAGCCCAAGCGGAGUGGGAGGUCUGUAACAUAUUGAGCUGUGAUCCUUUGCUGUGCAAUCCGGAACUGCAUUUUUCUGCAGCUCCACUUUUUCUCAAAGCUGCCACUGCAUUGAGUCGAAUAACUACUCUAAACUUGCCUGUAUUGGUCAAAACUUGCCGUGAUUCUUAACUGUUGGGUUAUUUGAUUUGAUUCUAUCUGAUUAGUCUGUGAUGGUUAUUUAUAAUUAUUAUUACUAUUUAUGGUUGUAGUAAUGUGAGUUAAGGGUGGCAGUAAAAAAGAAAGGUACUACUGUACUUACUUGGAACAGGCCAAGAUUAGGGUGUACUAAAUGUUCAGUACCUUGAAGUUGACUGUCAAUUAUGCAUGGUAUCACCAAACCAUUUGACCUCAAAUGAACCAUAUUUUAGUUUGUUCAGAAGGUGAAAGAGGUUGUUGUUUCAUUGAAAACUUACUUUUAAUUUGUUAUUUUUACAAACAGUAUUGUUUAUUUUGUGACUACCCAUGUCUCAGAUUAAAAAAAACAAACAACAGCUUUUUCCUUUUGCAUCAACUUUUUCCUUUUGCAUCAAGUUUUCUGAGGGAAGUUAGUUUAAAAUCUUUAGCAACCAGUUACAUUCAUUGUCAUUUAACUCGAUUUAUUAACUUUUAUUCUCUUUAAAAUUUUAAACAUUGGAAGAACUUACUCAAUUACUAAAUACAAACAUUGCUUUCUGACAGUGGAGUUUCGAGGUCACUUUUGCAUACAUGCUUUAUCUUCUCCUUGAGCACACCAAUUUCCAAUAUGUUUUUCCUUGAAAUUGAUUUUACCUAAACCUAAUGCUGUACUUUUAGAAUUAUUGCUCGUUUAGUAAAAAUUUAACAUAAGAAAACAGAAGAAACAUAAAUCUCAGUUUCAUGGUUUUAUCUGCUUUAUCAGCAGGUCUUGGCAGUUCUGAGGCUGUCUUUAUUUUUUAUUUCCCCCUUUGCCUUAUAAAAUAUGACAAUGAAAGUUAACUUCGGUGGGAAAAUUCAUCAUGAAUCAUCAUAAUCAACAGCUAGUUUCAUCAGAUCAUUUUUGGUAACUCUCAAUAUUGAAGCAAAGAAAGGAAAAUUACAACAUAUCACAAAUAAAAACUGAAAUCCAAGAGAAAUUUCAUGCAAGGUCAUCAUAUGAGUUGUUUGCUUACCUUAUUAUGCAACAUUGAGCACUUGAAUUGAGCUAAUAGACCACAUAGACAAACAGUAUAAAUACUAAUGGUAAAAUCUUAGUAUGAUGUUCAUAGCUGAGGCCCAGUCUUAUCUAUUGCAUUUCCUUGCUAGAGUGAACCUGAAGUAAGGUCACACUCAUCCCAGUACUAACCCAUUGAAAAAUUUGGUAAAAACACAUUUCUUUCCAUUUAACUAUAAACUAGGGUAUUGGUCAAUUUUCCAUAGUGUAGGGGUAAAGGGUGGAUCAGGGUUAGUAACUUGCAAGGGAAGACAACAAUUUUCUCUGCCUUGUGGCCAUAUUAUUAACAUCUCUCCCCAACAACCUGACAAGCCAUUUAAAAUUGGGAGUGUAAAAUUAAUAUACUGAAAGUGUGAGUGACCCAUCAGAAUGCCAGAUCUAAAUGGACAAAAUUCAAGAUCCUAUGCCAGGGUGGGUCAGCAUAUUUGCAGCCUCUCACUGUUGUGAUAGCUGUGCUCUUUUACACCACUAUUAAAAAAUGUCAAUAGGGUGUUAUCAUCAAAUUUAGAAAAAAAAAACGUUUAUUUUGAUUUUCUUUUAAACUACACAUCAAUCAGAUUUUAUUCAUUUCUAUGAAAAAGCAGCCUUAUUGUUUCUCUAAUCUUAACAAUGAAUAUCUGUGUGUUGCCUGGUUGGUUAGUUUGAGGCUGAAAAUCUGAUCCUUUUUUUAACAGCCUUCUGCUUAUUGCCAUGAGAGGAACAAUCAUUGAGCUCUUGUGACCAUAGAGAUACACUCUGCUGAAGAAAAUGGCGACGUUUGUUUAUGUCUGAAGCAGAACACCUGGUUUAAGUUAGGCACACGCCCAAGAUUUUAUUAUUUUUAUUUUAGUAAUUUAUUUUGGAUCUGUAAUAAUGACAAACAAUUAAAAUACUAGUUUGCUCUCCUAAAUAGGGCAGCCAAGUCAUUUUUUCAGACAAGCAAAUUUUUAGUUUUAACUGUCAAUUGGGUCAAACUUAUCCUGAAGCAUAGCUGGGACCAUUGAACGGUAAAGCCGUAUUGCUCGCUGUAGUGGGAAAAGGAACUUAUAAGGGCAAAAAUUAUGAUUACCUCAUCUCAAGUAAAUUUCAUUUAAGUUGGUCCCUGACAUAUGGAAUAUUUUGGCCAUAUCGUCAAAAUCUAUGUUUGAAUGAUAAUAUCAGCAUGUUGAUUCUCUGUUAGUAAUUUGCAACUAUUUCCAUUUAAAGUGAGUGGACAGUUUUGAUCGUAAGAGGGAGAGUAGACAACUGAACUGAAUGAUAGAAAAUUGCAGGAAAUUUGGAGCUAGGUUCCUCAGAUUAAUCUCUCACUUCACUCAAAAGAAAAAGAUACUGUUUGUGUUAUAAAAUUCCAGCAUAAUAAAUUUAUACCCAUUCAGUGGUGUUCAAAAUCAAACCUAAACAAUUAUUACACAUUUAAAAAAAUAGAAAACUACUGUUUGCCGCUCAUUUUAAAUUUACCCCUGUUCUAGUAUCGUUCAAGAUAACUGAAUCAGCCUUCUUGUCUGCACAUUAGAUAGCUGCAUAAAAACAGUAAUUAUCAAGCAGAAAGCUAAGCUUCACUUGAAAGUGAAAAUAGGAAAAUUAGAACGGAUGGUCCGAUAUGUGAGAUGUACUACAGACAGAAGGACAGAUUUUGUGCAGGAAAGAUGGAUGAUGUUAAUUAUUCCAAAGUGCAUUUAAUUUUAUAUUUUUACUACCUAAUGCUAUGCAACUAGGAAGUUAUCAACAUUUUGUAUUGAAGUUACAAUGCAAAGGAUAUUUUCUUUCAUGAAAGUUUAGAGCUCUGUUUGUUCUUCAAAUUGUCUUUUCAUAUUGUUUUCUCUUUUCUUGCUAUCAUGGUGUUCCCUGAGCUGUACCCUGCUCCAUUGGCUAUCAAUAUAAAUUUAUCAGGAAACUUCA